AGCGAGAAGUGGCCCGCGAGUCAAGUCAGAGAGCAUCAAGGGUGGGGCAAAUGCUUGUUCUCUUGAAAGCCGAUACACAUAACGAUACCAUACUGCCAUAAGCCAUCGUCGUGCCACUCGAAUUUAUCGCCACUCACGAGAAGUUUGUAUUCCCCAAAGUCAAGCUCGAGAGUAAAAGAAAAGGGCGUUAGAUAAAUGUUUGUAACUGUUGAGAAAAACUGAAAAAUCGUAAGAAAAGGAAGGAGCUGAAAUACGAUUAGGGAUUUAGUGCGACCCCGAAGUGUGACUCGUCGUACGUGUCGACGGUUCAGUCGCCUUUAGGCAUCCGACUCCGUCAGGAUGGAUCGUGGCGCGAGUUCAAAGUUUCUCGUUUCGUUACUAAUAUCCGCCUUAUUGUCCACCGGUGCGCUCGCUCUUUCUCGUGAGCAUUUGUAUCCUUACGCUUUACCGGGCACCUCCUCAUUGCAAGUCGAAUCUAAUGGCCAACUCGUAUCAGCCGAAAUCGCCCUCAAAACUCCCAUCGUUUUCUACGACAGGACCUACCCGAGCAUAUACGUCAAUGGAAAUGGGAUCCUGUCAUUUAUACGAUCGAUGCAAAGGUUUUUCAACAUUGCUUUCCCAUUGGACGAUCCGGUGAUAGCGCCGCUGUAUACGCACGUGGAUACACGUGGCUCCGGAGCCGUUUACUACGGGGAGACCGAUGUGAAAGAAAUCGUUUCACGAGCCAGUGGAAUGGUGAGAAGUUCUUUUAAAGACGCGAUGGAUUUCGUGCCCAGCCACGUUUUCUUGGCUACCUGGGUCGACGUUGGCUACUACAACGAGAAAAGCGACAAGGUCAACACGUACCAAGUGGCCAUUUCUUCAAACGGCACAGCCUCGUACAUCGAGCUACUUUAUCCCGAGGGUGGUAUACAAUGGAUACAGGGCGAAUCACAUCCAAGCGGACUUCCGGAUGCCAGAGCUCAGGCUGGCUUCAUGACCGAGGGCAGAUUGUACACUCUCAAGGGCUCGGGCAACGAUCACAUUCGGAAUAUCGAUAAAUGGUCAAACGUGAACAGACCAGGUCAAUGGGUUUUCAAAAUAGGGCCCAUACCCGACGGUGAAAACAUCAAGGUCCCCGACAACAUUGAAGUCGUUAACGAAUUAUUUACAGACUCGAGUAUGCAAAACGGAGCUACUUGUUCCACCGGGGCAACGAGUUGUCACAGCAAGGCAAACUGCAUCGAUUACGAAGUCGGAUAUUGCUGCGAGUGCAAAACUGGAUAUUUUGGAAAUGGAAAAUCCUGCCAGCCCAACGAUCUUCCGCUACGAGUUAUUGGUCGGAUCGGAGGUAAAUUGAACGGGGAAGACAUUCCGCCAAGGGACCUCCAAUGUUACGUUCAAACCAAAGACGGAAGGACUUACACCGCAAUCUCUAGAGUUUCUCAAACAAUCGGACCGAGUUUCCAGUUACUCGGGACAAUUGGAGGUAUCAUCGGUUGGCUUUUCGCGAAACCAAUUGGAGCGACGAAAAAUGGUUACCAGUUAACCGGGGGUUUAUUGAACCACACUGCCGAGCUCUUGUUCGGAUCGACGGGCGAUCGAGUAACGAUCAAAAGUACUUAUCUCGGUCUCGACGUUUUCGGACAAUUGAAAAUGGACGCUGAAAUCCAGGGUUCCCUUCCGAAGCUAAGCUACGACGCUAAAGUCGAUUACGGCGAUCACGACGAACUGUACACGAAAAGUCAAGCGGGUACGAUCCGAUCGCACAGCACAAGAUCGUACAAACUCGUGGGUGACUCCGGUACCGAUUACCCCUUCACUCAAGACCAAACUAUAACUUACAACGACUGUGCUUACGACAAAGAAAACUCUGAAGACGAUACGACACGCCUCAAAUUCUCACGGGGCGUUACUACCUACGAAUCCACCGAAGGAAUCAUUCGAUUUGCCAUGAAUACGAAAAUCGCGCCUCUCGAAGAGGAAGAUCCUUGUAUUCAAGGACGUGCCACGUGUGGCGUUCAUAGCUCGUGCGUAGUCGAUGGCGAUGACUUCAAAUGCGUUUGCAACCCCGGAUUCCAGUACCUUUACGAGGAAGACAACACCGCAAAUUGUGUCGACGUAAACGAAUGCACAGCCGGUGUUCACAUGUGUUCACCCGAUGCUCAAUGCGUGAACAGCGAGGGUAGCCACACGUGUCACUGCCGAGCCGGAUUCAGCGGAGACGGAAGAGUAUGCGAGAGGCUGCAAACAUGCGACGAUACCCGCUGCGGAUCUUACGAGGAAUGUACGAUGGUAAAUGACCUGCCGGUAUGUUCGUGCCUUCCUGGAUUCACGAAUACCCAGAGAGGAUGUUACCCCGUCCAAGGUCCCGGCGAAGCAACCUGCGAUCUUGCCAAUAAUUGUUCACCGUACGGAAUUUGUGCUUACGAUAGUGAUCGACAAGGACACAUAUGCAUCUGUCAUCCAGGAUACGUUGGGGACGGGUACACUUGCUAUCCGGAAACUGACUCCACCACCGGGCAGAGUGAACCACCGAAACCGCGAUGCCACGACGGAAUGUGCUGGUGUCCCCGUGGCUGGGAACACCGCAACGAUAUGUGUGUCCCAGCAGAGUAUUCAGGGAGCACGACAACUGACUUGACAGUUCAAGGAACAAGUUCUACGAAUCUUCCACGAUGCACCGAAGAAUUUUGUUGCCCCGAAGAUUACGUUUAUGACGCAACGAUUAACGAUUGCGUAUCUGAGUCAGGAAGUUCUUACGAAACCACUGUUUCCACAGGAGCUUGCAACGAGGUAUCUUUAUGCCAUCCGUAUGCUCAAUGCGUUUACAUAACGAGAACGGGGGAUUACGAGUGUCAUUGUAAUCCGGGGUACGAAGGUGAUGGAAUUGACUGCGUCAAGUCAGAGGUUUCUUGUCUGGACGUCGAUAUUUGUGAUCCUAACGCAUCUUGCCGGCCUGUCGACACCGGUGCCAAGUGCGUCUGCGAUUCGGGAUACGAGGGCGACGGAACCAUCUGCAAUCCUAUCGACGAGUGCAGGGACGCCACAGAAUGCGACGAGAACGAGAGAUGUGCGUACAAUCCAACGAGAGCUCGUUACGAAUGCGCUUGUAAUCCUGGCUUUGGAAUAGUCGAUGGUCAAUGCGUGGUUUCCGACUGCUCGGUCAAUCCGUCCCAAUGUCACGUCAACGCCCAGUGCGUUAAAUCCGGUGGAGAGACUUACAAAUGCGUUUGCAUGGGAGGUUAUCACGGGGACGGAAUGCGCCAAUGUGUGGCCGACAAUAUUGGCUGCAAUGUACUCAAUAAUUGUGGUCUCAACGCGGUGUGCGCUCACAAUCAGACGUCAGCGAAUUACGCUUGUAUCUGCGAACCGGGCUUCUACGGCGACGGUUACGAUUGUGUUCCCUACACUUCCUGCGCCCAAGAUCCAGGUAUUUGUUCGAAUGACGCGACCUGCGUACCAACCAGUGAUCAACAUUACACGUGCAUUUGCAACGAAGGAUUUAUCGGCGAUGGAAGAGCGUGCCGAUCAAGGCCGCGACAUGACUCCAACUUUCUGCUCGUCAAUCAGGGAAUGGCGACUCACCGUAUUCCAUUCUUCCCAACAAUCGUUAAUACCGGAGCUCCGAUCAAUAUUGCAUACAGCCAAAUGGUAAUCGGUCUUGACGUCGAUUGUCUCAAUGGAAAAGCCUAUUCCAGUGACAUUACUGGCAACAGAAUAACGAGCAUGCAUUACAACGGUUCGAAUGUGCAAACUUUCGUGAACGGCGUCAGCAGCGCUGAAGGUCUCUCGAUCGAUUGGGUAUCGAGAAACAUAUUCUGGACCGACUCAGGCAAAGCUACUCUCGAAGUGGCCAAUAUGGAUACGAAAAAACGAAAAGUCCUUGCAUCGACGGGGCUUGUGAAUCCAAGAGGAAUCGCCGUCCAUCCGUAUCGAGGAAAAAUAUUCUGGUCCGACUGGAAUCGUAAUGCACCUAAACUGGAAUGGUCGAACGAGGAUGGCUCCGGCCGAGAAAUUUACCUGCACGGUGAUAACGUCAAAUUGCCAAAUUCUUUGGCCAUCGAUUGGGCGAGUGAUGAACUAUGCUGGGCUGAUGCUGGAACGUUCACCAUAAGCUGUACGCCGAUCGACACCAGACAAGUGCAUGUCGUUGCCAAGGAACUUUCGUAUCCGUUUGGUUUAGCAAUUUCGCAGAAUCAUUAUUACUGGACUGAUUGGAAAACUCAAAAGGUCGAAGUUGCUGCCAAAAGUACUGGUGAAAGACACAAAGCGAUAAAUAUACCGCCAGGUGGAAGUGGAAAACUGUACGGCAUCGUUGCUGUGCCAGAAUUUUGUCCCAGAGUAUCAAAUGUAUGUCAAUACGAAAAUGGUCGAUGCCACAAGGAUCAGUUGUGUUUGCCUGAUGGACUCGGUGGAAGAACAUGCGCCUGCCCUGACGACAGUAAAGGUCCAUGUACCGAGUCGAGAUAUCGCGAUCCAGUCUCGUAGUCAUGAAAAAAUGUCAUCGUAAAUCUUGUACUUCUAACACAUUUAUUUCCUCUCUUCCUGCCUUCUCUUUUCCUGCGAUAACGUCAGAUUUUCCUUACGUUGUUCUAUCGACGAUAUUUGUCGUUCUUGAAAGCAAUAAUUGUCCCUGGCACAGCAUGAAGUGCUUGAGAGAAGAAAAAAUCUCAUCUAUCAUUUUCCAAUUGAUAGACUAAAGAAACAUGAAAGUUUUAAAACAUUCGAUGAAUCAUCCCGAGCAUCCACGUUAUCAACUAGAUCGAGUGUAAAUUAUAACAUUAUAUACUACGCGUAUCUUAUUAUUUUAUUAUUAUUAUUUUAUUAUUAAUAUUAUUAUUAUUUCUUACAAUCGAUUCGACCGAGAAUAAAAAUCGUUUCUCGACUAACACCCUUCUUUUAACGAACAUCUUUUUGUAUGAGCCCUGAGAUUUCGAGCAUCCGAGGGAUCGUUAUUGUUAAGACGGAUAUUUGCGUUAUUUAAUAAUAAAAAAAAGACACAAAACAAA